CAGCUUCAUCUCGGUAAAUCAGAUUGCUUCAUUACCUCGCUAGCGCAGAUUGACAAGAUUAUUGACGAGAAGAACUACCCCGAACGCCUACUAGAGGUUAAGAAGUUGAAAGAACAGAUCCCCGAGUCCUACCACGGCUUUGUAGAUGUGUUCUUGAAGUCAGCAUCAGACACGCUGCCGCCGAGAAGGGAAAACGAUCACCAGAUUGAGCUUACUGAUAAGAAUACGUUGGGGUAUAGUCCCCUAUAUCGGUACUCUGCAAAGGAACUAGAAGCGAUCAAGGCCUAUCUAGUAGAGAACCUACAGAAAGGCUUUAUCGUUCCUAGUGCUGCCCCGUUCGGCUCCCCCGUACUAAUGGCUGCGAAGCCAGGAGGAGGCCUACGGUUCUGCGUGGACUACCGGAAGUUGAACUCUAUCACGAAGAAGAACCGCUACCCCCUGCCCCUGAUGGACGAGCUGCUGGAUCGGCUAGGCCGCGCAAAGAUCUUCACUAAGCUCGACAUCAGGCAGGGCUUUCACCGUAUACGAAUGCACCCUGAUUCAGUGGACUUGACCACGUUCCGCACCAAGUACGGAUCCUAUAAAUACCAAGUCUUGCCCUUUGGUUUAACCAAUGGGCCUGCAGCCUUCC